AUGAAUUCGGUCCCCUUGCGACCCGGUUCGUCAUCCUUCGCUAGUGGGAGUACGGGGGAUGUGAACCCGCCGUUCAGAGCCGCUCGAUGCCCUCGCCACCCCUUCGUCCUCGACAAUGCUUUUGAGGUGAACCACACGCCUCCUCGACCCUUGAGAUCGGACGCUCAGGAGGGGAAACUGCCCCGGUGGAGGGGGAAACCCCAUUUCGGGAUGGCAUCAAGCCACCCUCCCCCCCCUCCUCCCACUUUCAUUGCUCCCCCAACCGAUGCUGGGAGAAUGCCCCUCGCGUUUUCUUCCUCGAACGCUUCUUCGCCAGAUCCUUUCAUGGGGCUUUCCUCCAAGGGAGGGAGGACUCCUUCCCGCCGGAUGUUGCCCUCCUAUGAAACCGCCUUGACGCAAAAGCAGCUCCCACGAAGGCAUUCCGAUCCAUCAAACCCUGAAAACCUCCCCACGCCUUCCGCGCCUCCGCCUCCUCUUCCGCUGCCUCCUGCGUCCGCGUCGUCAAAGGUGACGAUCCCGAUCCCGCGGAGUGGGUGCCCCGCCUGCGGGGAUGCGGACUGGAAUGAGGUCCGUUCCCUCCUCGCCCACCACAUGGAGCAGAUGAAGGUCCCGGACACGGGAACGAAAACGGAAACGGAAACGGAAACGGAAACGGCCACCAAGCGAGAACGUCAGACCGCGACUGAGGGUGAGGCUGAGGCUGAGAGCGAGAGUAAGAGUAAGAGUGAGCAGGACACGACCGGGCCCUGUGACACGAACGCAACCGCAGCGGUGAAGCCCUCCCUUGUCCUGCAGCGCUUCCUUGACAUCUACGCGACGCAGGAGGAGGUGGAGGCGGGGGUGGGGGAGACCCUGCGGGCCCAGCUGCGGACGCCGCAAGGGGCGACCGGGACGUUGGACGUGGGGGCCUGCCUCGACAUCAUCGAUCAGCACGACGUCAGCAUCAUCGUGACGGAUACCGGGACGGGGAAGAGUAGCCUCCUGCCAAAAGGCAUCUUAAUGCGGGAGAGCAGGGCGCGCAUCGUGAACUGUCAGCCCCGACGAACCACCACCAUCAACCUCGCCGAGCGGGUGGCGCAGUUGAUUGGAGAGGGGGCAUUAGGGCAGACUGUGGGGUACUCCGUGCGUGGAGCGCGCAUCGGGGAUCUCGGGGAGACGCCGCUGAUGUACGUGACGAACUUCACCCUCUUUCUUUACCUGAUAUGGCGGCCGCCGGAGGAUAUCCCGUUCACCCAUAUCAUCCUGGACGAGUUCCACGAUCGCGGCUCCGAGGUGGAGCUCCUGCUCGUGCUCCUGAAGCUCGUCAUCCAGCGCUAUCCGAAGAAGUUCAAGAUCGUGCUCUGCAGCGCGACCGCGCAGGUCGAGGAGUGGAUCGACUUCUUUGAUAACCUUUCCAUUGGGGAGUACAACCAAUCGAAUGCGAUGUUUCCCGUGCAUAAAUACUUCAUUGAGGAUAUCUGUGAGAUGAUGAGUAGGAAGUGUCCGCGUAUGAAGCUGAACACGGGCAGCGUUGUGGAUUCGGUGCAGCUUCAUUUCAUCACGUCGAUGAUUAAGGAGACGCUUGUCUUCCUUGCUACCGUCUUGGAUCCGCGCCACAGCAUCCUAGUUUUCCUUCCCGGGCGAACCACCGUCGAGCACUUCGCAAAGUGGAUUCACAGCAGUCUGAGUAAUGAGCUGGACCCGAUAAUGUGGUACUCCGGGGUUGAUCUCAACUACAUUCAGGAGGCGAUUCAGCGGGAGUCCACCACGAAGAAGAAGGUGUACCUCGCCACCGACAUCGCGGAGUUGGGCUUGACGCUUCCGGACGCUGUCGUCGCGAUUGAUUCCGGGAUGUGCAAGAGGCCGAUGGUUUCCGAGAAGAACCCGUACAGCGUAGUGUUUCCGCCCUUGGAGCUUCUCUGGGAGAGCGCGCUAAAUGCACGGCAGCGAUGUGGGCGGGUGGGGCGUGUGCAACAGGGCUUUUACUUCUCCAUGCUUCACCGUAAUCACUUUCAUCAUCUUGGGAAGGGCGACAGUCGGAUUGCAAACUCUGUGCUGAACAGCAUCGUACUACUCUCCUUGCAGCUUGCUAGCUCCGUUUCCAGCGUGUUUAGGCUCUGUUAUCAAAAGCCCCGACGGGUGAGUAUUAUCCACAGCCUGGAUGCGCUACAGGAUGACGGCUUUAUUAUCCCCCAGAGCCACAAGCUAGCCUCGAAGGAGGUGAUUCGAUUCAUAAAACAUGGCGAUAAAAACGCCAUCGCCUCCUCGAUGGCGUGGAAGACGCUAGUUGCCGAGCUGAACAUGGAGAUGACGCGAAAGGAACAGCUCACGAAUCGCGACGAUUCGAGGGUUUCGGGCCUUGGGCGGGAUUCGAUGGAAACGACGCGGAGGUUGGCGGACGGGAAUCAUUGCGAGGUAUCCAAAUCUCAGGAAGACGCUCUUCCAGAGAUCGCCGAUGCUCACUUUCAGGUUACCCUCAAAGGCUUCUUUGUGUCGUGCCUCCACACAAGCAUUCAUUCAGCUUCCACUGCGUUUUAUGGCGUCAUGUUUAACAUUCCGAUGCUCUGUAUUAUCGCGUCGGUGGUGGAAUCGGUUGGACGGCCUUUUUCCACACCGUAUGACAUUUAUGACAAAGUAGAAAAGCUCGAGGCGUGCAGGAAUGUAUCGGAGUUCAUGCGUACCUUUAAAGGAGAGUUGAAUAGUGACAUCGUCGCGAGUGUCGGGGCGGUGUUGAGUUAUAUGGAUAUGCAGCGCAACGGCUUCUCCGAUGAGGCGCAAGAGCAGUGGUGUUCGGAGAGGUAUCUUAGCCGCAUCCGACUGACAGAAACACUCGACGUGGUGAAACACAUGAAGGAAAGCGUCAGUACUUUUUUCCCCCUCCCCGUGAAUGAUGAUAUCGAUGCGCUCCUCGAGCAGUACGACCGUUACGCGUUGUUGCUCAACUUCAUCUGCAUCGGAGCCCACCUGCAGCGGGCGGCGUACGUGGAAGCGGGAGAGGCAGGAGUAGGAAGAGGGGGAGGGGGAGGGAGGGGGAGAGCAACCCCUAAAGCCCCUCACUCUGGAUCGGGUAUUUUUAUUAAAAUGCACAUUGAGAAGGAUUAUGUCGUGCCGUCAAUUUGCCCGUGGGAUGAGUGCAACGUUUGCGUGCCGUUGAUCUUGCGCACCACGUACCGCAAGCUCCGUGCGGACUUCGCGAUGCAGGUCGAUCCCGCGGUCUUCAACCUCGCUACGUUGAUCUUUGCGUUUCGUGUGAUCUUUCGCGCCCCUGAUCCGGUGAAAGUAGGGGAAGGCUCACAGGCCUCAACGAAGCACCACUUCACGGCAUUUCGCUUUCAAGUGAUCUUCAUGGGCGUACAGCAGACUUUCUGCUGUGAUACGGUGACGGGGAAGCUGAUAAUUCAGCUCCGGCGGAUGAUAUGCGCGAGGCUCCGCGCGAUGCACAACUUUUUGGAGGAACAAGGCGAUACCGAGGACCUGAACCCGGAGGUAAAGCGGGAGGUCGAAGAUGAUUCCGACUUCGGCAUUCCCGACUCGUACAUGGAGAGCCCCGAUUCCAUAUCAGCGCUGUUGCAGCAGGGGCUGACGAAGCUGCUGAAACGAUUUGAACACGUCAAGGGAAACACGAUUAAGCGGCGCACGGAUCAGACCUCCGGUGAUGCCAACGGGGAUGCCGACAAGGAUGCUUUCUGUUCCGUGAUGAGCCCUCCUCAGGUGCUCCCGCCUCCCUUGAUAGAGUCGCUUCUCGUGCAUUCCUGCAACGGCAUCUUUUAUGUGGAUGUUCAAACAUGA